AUGCAGAAGAAAAUGACUUUCUUCCCGGGGAAAAUCUGCGUUGUGUUCCGCAAGGGACCACUUGGAUUUCUCCUCCAGGAGCCGUCAAAGAAAGCCAGGAGAAUUAAGGAGGACGCCACUCUGCAAGACAAGUCUAUACCCACACGGGCAGACCUUGUACACCAGAAUGCCCUGGCUGUGGUCCUUCAGAGAGGAGGGGACGCCUCAGAUCGUGCAGAGGUGCUGGGGGACUACAUCUUACAGUUUGGCAAGUACAAAGGAAAAUCUUUCCGGUGGCUUCUGGAGAACGACAUUGGAUACACUAUGUACCUCAUUAAAAACCUGGAGAAGGAGGAGGCAUCAGGCGUCACCGUGACUGCUGGACAUGCCAAGGACAGCCUGCAGUCCUUUGUCAAUUAUGCCCUUGGUUUUGCUGAGAUCCAGUCUCUCUGCACCUAUGAAGCAAGUGGAGUGGGUGUUAUGGCGGCUUCAUCAGAAGAUGACCAGCUGGUUGGCUUUGGCACUCGUGCGAAAAGUACCUGGAAGGAGAUUUGGGACAGCAGAGCUGAUGGCUAUGCCACCUUCAUUUUGGGGAAGGUCUGCGUCCCAGGUACACGCAUGUUCAAGCUGCAGCAGUACCUGCAGAAGAGGCAGCGAUCAGCCUCAGCUUCCCCACCUGAGGAACAUCCCUCAAGUGUCUCCAAACCCAUGGGUAAAUUAGUUAUUAUAUAUUGUUAUUUGCCAUAUCUGAUGACAUGUGACUAA